AACCAUCAUUUGCCUCUACGACGCAUUUGAUAAGUACAAAUCUGCAAAUUGUUAAAUUUGGACCAUUGACGAUUUUUAUGCGCACAAUAAUAUCAAAAUUAUAAAUAAGUCCAACCAGUUUCAAUUUCAACUCUAACAAAUAUUUUUUUCCAAUUUUUAAUGUAAAAUUGAAAAAAAAACAUAAAAUGGAUUACAACCCCGGAAUACUUGCCUGGCAAGAAACACCUGGAUUAAAAUUAGUUCGUCGUCUUGGCUCGGGUGCCUUUGGAACUGUGUUUCAAAUUUCUAGACAAAAUGAAGAAUCUGAUGGAGAAGUUGAGAUCGCCGUGAAACAAAUUUCAAUCGAACUGUACAAGCAUAUUUAUCCCAACGAGGAGUUUCCCGUGACAAGAAUGCUCCGAGAGAUUGAACUUCUUCAAAAUUUAAGUUUUCAAAGAUAUCCAAAUAAUGAGACAAACGAUGGGAGUGGAAAUGUUGUUAAGUAUUUCCGACAUUGGUUUAAAGGACCGGAGACGGCGGACUUGGAAUCAUUGAAUCACUCCCCACAGGAGGAUGAUGAUUACUCACCGGAUGUUCCACCACAUCCGAGGAAUUGGCUUUUUAUCGAGAUGCAACUUUGUGGCGCAAAUUUGCAGGAAUGGUUGAAUAAGCGACCGACCCAAGAUGACCGGAAUUUGAUGGAAAUUACACAAAUUAUUAAACAAUUACUGCUAGCUCUUGGUUAUAUUCAUUCCAAACGGAUAAUUCAUCGGGAUGUUAAGCCAGACAAUAUUUUUGUAACGAUUAAUGGAGACACGCAAUCAGAAGGACGUUGUAUCUCGGUUACUUUGGGGGAUUUUGGACUUAGUAAAAUGGUUCAUGGGGAUAAAAGCAAGAUUACUACGGUUCGGGUGGGAUCAACAAGAUUCCAAAGCCCAGAAAUGCUUCGAGGUGAUGGGAACUAUGCUGAGAAAACCGAUAUGUUUUCUGCCGGACUAGUUUAUCUUUUGGUAUUGUUUGCACCGGAAACGAUAACAUUUGUGAAAGAAAUUCGAGAUAUUUUUGUCAUCCUGCAAAGCAAAGCGGAAACGAGUGUAUUAGACUGUCCGGAUAUGCUGAUGUUCCCUGCUGAAGUUGCGUUAAUUAAAAAAUUGACCAAUUUUAUACCAAGUGAUCGGUAUGAUUCCAAAGCGGCAUUGGAAGCUUUGGAUUGUCCAGAAAAAUUCUUGGAGAAAAUCACAGAAGAGCGGAAAUGCGAGGCGACUUUCGCGUUUGAAGUAACACCACCGGUAUUUAACUUCUUAGGGCGGGAUGGCGAACUGGGAACUUUGUGGAACUGGUGGGAGUUGGGGACAAAGGUGAUCAUUGUUAGCGGAGAACCGGGAAUUGGAAAAACAGAAUUGGUCCGGAAGCACUGCGAUAUUCUUUGGAAACGAGGAAACAGUCACGUAAUAUGGCUAGAUGGCGCAACCAGCAGCAGCCUAGCCAUCUCGAUUACAAAGCUACGUCAAAGUUUAGAUACUUCCAAAUCAAGGUUAGCAGACAUUUUGGAAAGACUUCCAAAGAAGCUUCACAGCCCUAAGUCAACUUCCAUUGUCGUGGACAACAUUUAUGCGGAAUCGUCACACAUUCAAGAGCUGAUGGAAGCUUGUCAAAAAUCUGGAGUUCGUUUUAUCAUAGUAGUCGCAAGCGAUACCAAACUGUGUUCCGAACUGUCAGUAUCGGAAAAUCUGAGGGUUGGAAAAUUGCAAGAAAACGUGGCAAUCAAACUCCUUAGUCAACGCUUAGGACAAUACAUGGGUUUCGAUGCUGGCAAUGCAUCCUUUUGAAGAGGAAGCGCUGAAGGCAGCUGUAUCUCUGCUCAAUUGUAACCCACUCCUGAUGGAUGAAGCAAUUCGCCAAAUUCAAGGAACGGUUUCCUCCCGAUCCGUCGGUAUUAAGUCUAUUCGCUCUCUCCCGGACUAUAUAUUUAAGGAAAGAGAAAUACUUCUUUCCCGCGAGCGUGGUAAUGUCCCUUCUCUGUAUUCGAAAACCCACCGAAUAAUUUCACUGCUAGGGAAUCCCUUUGAACGAGACCUAGUUCAAAUGAUGAGCUACUGCUUCCCUCACCGAUGGAUUGCGAAGAGGCAAUUAUUGGAUGCUGGACUAACUCUUUUGAAACCUAGAGGCGGUGAUUCUGGCGAUGCAACAGGCGCCAUAAAUAAUCUUUUUAAAUUUUGCAUCAUUGAGGCAGAUCAAAACCAAGAACAUUUUCGAAUAUCAGGUAUCUUCAGGGAUGUAAUUCAAAUUUCUCUCCGUCGUGAAAACAUGGAAAAUGACGUUCUGAGAGCGAUCCUGCAAAACAUGAAAGCAGGCGGCACAUUUUCGUUGGGCCUGCCACAAAUCUGGACUUACAUCGCCAUGGAAUCCAACACAGAUUGCAGGAUAACACUACUCCCAGAGUUUAGAAAUGCAACCAUAUUAUUAUUCAAUAGUAUUCCCGACCCAUUCAAUGAUUUUAAGAACGGAGUCAUUCCAUGGACUAAGCUACGCGUGGAAUUAGAACAAAACUACGGUCAAGGGGAUGCUUCAGCAAUUAUUGUCGGAGUCCAAGAGAUAGCUGCAAGUGUUAAUGGAGAUAUGGAGGUCGACGUAAGGAGGAUGGUUACUUUAUUCCGCCAACGACGUCAAAUAGAUUGCAAUUAUUUUAGUAUGGAAAGUCACUUUCCCAACUUGGCUUUAAAGAUGAUGAAAAAGCUUCCGAAGGACGGGGCAAUACAGGAUUUUUUGACGGAUUGGUAUCUAGAGGAAGUGCAAAAUCGAGGAAAAUUCAUUGCUGUUGGUGACCAAGAUAUCGACGCUUUCCUCAUUCCCAUACUGUGCUCAGAAGUGAUGGUCAAGGGUACCAUCCCAUCGACGCGGAGUAGCAAUUUUAACACCAGAAGAAUUUCCGAGCGUCGAAAUUUUCAUAGGAAAGUUCUUGAAAGUCUUUACAUAAGAAAAACCGACAACACCAUGAAUCAAGACCGAGGAAUGGACUUGAAUCCAAUAUGGUCCGUAAUAAUGCUGCCUCUAAUUAAAAAACCUUCGCAAUAAUUUGUGAUUUGUAUGACAAACAACAGCAACUAUAUACAAAACAAAUUUCUCAUUCACCUUAAAUUUGGAAAAGACUCCAUAAUCGUCGCUACCAAACUACAUGGACAUCGCCCCACGAACAACGCUAUAAUUCCUCUUUGGACGGUAUACGCGGACAUCAGUUUUAAAAAAAUGUUACCAUGCUCAAUGUUGUCAAUAUUGUACAUACUAGAUAGAUAGAUAAAGUUUAUUCCUCAGAUUGAUGUAGCCAAAGCCUUUACAAUCAAAUGAAUUAAAUAUAUAUAUAACCUGACUCUCAGUAAAUAAUUUUAGUGUUAUAAUGCUCCAACAAUUGUAUUUCUGAUGCUUAGGGCUCUACUGUGGGAUCGCUUAACCUCACCCACUGGAAACUAUCCAUGCAAACUACCCGUCUGCAAGAAGUCGCCGUAUGUUGACUGUGCCGUGUUACAGCUCGAGAUGAUGAAGGGAUGAUAACUACUUUUAUUAUUUCACUGAUGAAUUCUCAAAUAAACCCGCUUAUACAAGA